CGCUCCGAACUCUCAAGUUCCGCCACAGUUCGCGUGAUCUUCGUCAAGGUAGUCGUCUCUUGGCUACCGCGGUAGAUUCAUCAUCUUCGGUGUGUGACAUGCGCCAAUCAACAUCGUUAUAAGCUAAUGAUCCGAUCGUUCUAAUGUAAUUCUCACAUUAUUGUCUUAUGCACAUUUAUAUUUUUUAAAUGUGCAUAAACUUUCGGUUUAUCUUACACGUCUGCGAAAUACAAUCUCUAAUUAAUUAAUUUUUAUACGAGUGAUAAUUUGAACAUUUGAAUUUGUUUUUCUUCAUUGACGCGAUAAGGUGAUUUAAGUGGGACAUAAAAUCGUCGGGACAAAAUCGUCAAGUCACAAGUUAUACCAGAAGAUUAGUUUUGCAAACAAGAUGACUUCGGAGGGUACCUUGGACGAUCUGGACCUAGCAAAACGGACACCAGACAUACCCACCGUUCAGGAGAUUAGCAAGUCUAUGCAGAAUUUCAGUAUGCCAGAUUACACCAUAUUCGCAGCAAUGUUAGUCGUAUGUGGCAUCGUUGGUAUUUACUUUGGCUUUAUAAAGAAGUCCUCAGGUGAGGACGAGUAUCUGGUUGGUGGGAGGAACAUGAAAACGUUUCCAGUCAGCCUUAGUCUGCUGGCUAGUUUUAUAUCAGGUAUAACUAUAUUUUAUAUUGUUUAUCUAUUAUUUAGUCAAUCUUCUAUUUGUGUUAGUACCAGUGAGUCUCUAAAUUGUCCCAGACAUAAAGAGGACUGA